CUUUCAACCUUUGAUCCCUGUAUUUUUGUGAGAGGUAUCUAUUUCAGAGUAUGCGAAUAUGCGAAUCCGGUAAAGAAGGGCCCACCACGUAUAACAACGCUGCAUAAGCAGGCUUCCCCCCCAAAAUUCCCAUCAAAUAUACCGAUUCAAGUUGAAGGGGUAAAUGUAAACGUCAAGGGCCCUUUUGGAAGAACUGCUCUAAUGAUGUUAUGCGACAACUUCGAGAAGCCUGAAAGUCAGCUCAUUGAGGAGGUGGACAAAAUAUGGGCGGCUGGUGGAGAUCUGAACGUACAAGACGACGAUGAGGAAACUGCGAUUUUCAUUGCGGUACGACAAGGUCGAUUAGGUUUGGUGAAGAAGCUGCUUGACAUGGGUGCUGAUCCGACGAUCAUGAAUGACAAUGACUCUACUUGUCUUCAUGAAGCUGCAGCAAACUGUAACCUAAGCCUGGUUGAAGAGCUCCUCAGACAUAACUCCGUAGUGAAGGAGAUUGAUGUGUGCGAUAACAACGACCGCACACCUUUGAUGCGAUGUGCAGCAAAUGAUACGGUGGAUCAUCAGGUGGCAGAACUGUUGAUUCGUCUGGGUGCUGACCCAUCCUAUCCCGGUGACAAGAGCGCUCUCUCCUACAAAGGACGCACAGCACUUCACUAUGCAGCACAAGUGAACAAUGUCCAGAUGAUCGAGUUUUUAAUUAGCAGAGACGCAAAUAAGGACGCUCAAGACCUAGAGGAUCGGACACCGCUCUUUCUAGCUGCCUCUCAUGGCCAUCUUGAAGCAGUGCAAGCACUCAUUAAGGCGGGAGCAUCCCUAGAAAUUUCUGAUCGAAAGGUAAUUCAAUUCGUUUGUGAAGAUGAGGUUGUCGUUUACCUUGGAAAAUUUCACGAAAUACCUUUAAAAAUGGCCGUGGUCUGCUGGAAACGUUCUGCUUUAACAAGGGUCCAGGGGUUUCAUUGUCGCUAA